CAGAAAGCGGAAGUCCGUGAGUGUUAAACACUAAUGUUUGGUGGGGCUGUGCACAUAUCUAACCUAGUUGUUAAACUGUCCUAGCCGAGCAAACGGGAAAGGUGAGAGUUGAAAUACAAGCGAAAGCAGGAGCACCACCUGGCACGACAACAUUAACCUAACUAGAACAGAAACCGGGUAAGGACUACAACUAACAAGUGUCUGCUGCCAUAAUGUUGUCUGAAGGAGGCUCUUUCAUGAAGGGGGUGGUCAUGGGAGGUCUCUUCUGCUUGGUGCUGUCACUCCUGGGUAGUUUCAGCCCUGACAGGGAGCUCAGGGCAGAGGACCAUCAUCAUCAUCACGUCAAGGCCCCGGAUAACAAUGAGCUGAAGCACCUCUCUGACAGUCAGGUGCAGGAGUUGACUAAUCAAGUCCGGGUCUCUUGCGUCAUCAUGGUCCAGCCCAAGGUCCUUUUAUACUGGGCCACUGCCAUCGACACCUGGAGCAAACACUGUGACAAGGCCGUGUUUUAUACCUCUGAGAGCUCUAAGGCGCUUGAGGCGAUAGACCUGAAUGAAAAAGAUGACUGGGCAAGGUUACGUAAAGCUCUGAAGCAUGCUUAUGAGAAUGCCGGUGACCUGCGCUGGUUCUUUGUGGCACAGCCCACCACGUUUGCCAUCAUCGAAAACCUCAAAUACCUGGUGCUCACAAAGGAUCCCAGCGAGCCCUUCUACCUGGGCAACGCUUUGAAGUCAGGCGAGCUUGAGUAUGUGGCGUACGAUAGUGGCAUUGUUCUAAGCUAUGAAGCCCUGAGAAGGCUUGUGAAUGUGUUCCAGGAUGAAGGCAAAUGUCCUGAAAGAGGACGUGCCCUGUGGAAGCUGAGCGAGGACAAGCAGCUGGCAGUGUGUCUCAAAUAUACCGGUGUCUUUGCAGAAAAUGGAGAAGAUUCACAUGGAAAGAGCGUGUUUAACAGUAAGAGCGUAGACGGCCUGAUAACAGACAGCAUGAGGGACAACCCCACUAAUGUAUUGGAGGGCUGUUGCUCCAACAUGGCAGUCACAUUCAACGGGAUGUCACCGAAUCAAAUGCAGGUUAUGAUGUUUGGAGUUUACAGACUUCGUCCUUUCGGCCACGAUUUUCAUGACUCGUUAGUAUUUUACCCUCCUGAAGGUUCAGACAAUGACUAGAGACUCAUAACUUCAAGCUGAAUGUGGCAUUUUAAAUGUUUUGCUUCUAUGAUGGCAAACCUAACUUUGGGGAGAUGGUUUUCUUAUGCUGUUUGUAAAACUGGAUUCUUUGUGGGAGUAACACUUUUAUGUAUAUUUGUACCUUUUGCACUUGGCACAAUCAGCGCCCCAUUCCUUUGUGUUGUAGGUAAUCAGAGCCGAUGGGUGUGCUCUUCUUUUGAUUGAAGAUCGCCGGGAAAUUAAGACAGACAAGAUUCUCUGGAAGUUUUCGUUAUUGUAAUAUUAUGUAUCUUGUAUGUUUGUCUUUUUGUAGUCUUAAACCUGUGUUAGGUGAUGCUGUUUUCUGGAAAUGUCAAGUUCUUGAAAUUAUUUAACUGUUCAAAGCUCUCGACCAUCUUAACCACAUACAACUUUUUUUUCCUGAUCUCUGAGAAUACAUCACCCAACUGAUUUAAAGAUUGUAUAAUUAUUGAGUCAAACAUACAAUGUACAGCUCGGCUCCAAAUGAAGUGCAUCUCCACAUAUGAAGAAUUGGCCUUCACAGCUGAAUGGAAAAUAAUAUACCUCAAUGUUGUUUUAUGGGUAUAUUAAAUAAAUAAGUAUAUUUCUUUUGAAAACUGAGGAAAAAAAAAACUCAAAAAGAAGAACAUAGUCAGUGUAAACUGAUUGUAACCUUCAUGAAGGUAAUUAGUUUUGCAGGGCUGUUAUUUUUAGCUAGGUGAACUAAAGCUGAUGAUACACGGGGCAACUUUUUGAGCAAUGUUGCUGGCCAAUCUUGCUAGUGGCAAGUCCGACUAUGUUACGGAUAACGGCGGUACGGGGCGGAGUAGUGGGGGAAGGGGAUUACGGUAGUAUUCUUUAUUCAUUACCAUUGACGACAACGUUGCCCUGCACGAUUGCUCUAAAAGUUGCUCUGUGUAUCAUCAGCUUUAAUAAAUUGGCAACUGAAUGUAAAUUCAACACCUUGAAUUUCACCAGGUUUUAUCUGAGAGCACAGUGUCGAGUUUUUUUCACUGAGGAGCUGAACAACAGGUCUGACAGUUAUAAACCUAUGCCAACCUGCCACUCCUUUGUUCAUUAUUUGAAUAUCGACACACAUCCUGUACUGUUGAAUAAACUGGUUACUCCGCAUCAUACUACAUGAAAACCAGGUAAUAAAGUUUAUCAAAAUAUUAAA